AGUUUUUCCGCCCUGUCCGCGUCUCGGAGCCGGGGAUCUGCUUCCGUCCAUGGCCUUCAUCCCCAGGCUUUAUUCCCGUCGUUGAACGCGAGUAAAGCGACGAGCCUUGGUUUCCCGCGGAGAGCCGUCCGCCGCCGGACCGAACGAGACCAGACCGAGACCAGAACGAGACCAGAACGCGGCGGAACCACCUCAGACCAGCGCGAGCCGCCACCAUCUUCAUCAUCUUCAUCAUCUUCCGCGCGGAUGUGCUGGACCUCGGCUGAUGUGAUCCGAGGCUCGUCUGCAGCAGCAGGUUCUUUCUGCUCGUCCGUCUCGGGGUGAGCAGAGGAAGAGAGAGAGGGAGAGACACAGACGUCGGUCUAUCUUUCUCUCUCUCUCUCUCACCAUGACGUCCCCCCGUCCCCGCUGUCCUCCCCGUCGCCGUGUCCCCCCCUCCCCCUCGCUCCGUCGUCCCCCACGCUCUCGUCCCCCGCCCCGUCCUCUCUGCCGCUGCCGCCCGCUCUGCCGCCCACCGGGGAGGUCAUGGUUCUGGCUCUGGGCCGUAAGAAGCAGCGGCUCCUCAUCGCUCUCUCCAUUCUGCCCAACCUCUUCCUGGCGUUCCUGCUGUCCUCCGACCCGCUCCUGACCCUGGCCCCGGCCUUCUGCUGCCGGCCCUCGCCCGCUCCUCAGGCGGCCAACGGCUCGGCGAGGGUCGAGAAGGCGGACGGGGAUCAGGCCCAGUGCAAGCACGUGUUGGUCAACGGCUCGCAGUCGUGCGUGAAGGACUGCGACGCCGGAUACGACUACAACGUCACCGAAGGCCUGACCGACAACAUCGUCACAGAGUGGGAUCUGGUGUGUUCGCGGUACUGGCUGGUUCCAGUGGAGGAGGUGUGCUUCAUCCUGGGGACGCUGACCGGCUGCCUGGGCCUGGGCUACACCGCUGACCGGCUGGGCAGGCAGAAGUCUCUGCUGGUGUCUCUGAUGCUGGCCGUGGUGUUCGGGGUCCUCGUGUGUGUGUCUCCCUCGCCGCCCGUCUUCAUCACCAUGCGCUUCUGUCUGGCCGCGGCGAGCGCCGGAGUCUUCCUCACGCUGUACGUCACACGUGUGGAGCUGUGUGACCCGUCUCUGCGUCUGCUGGCGACCAUGAUGUCGGGUCUGACCGUGUUUGCGGGCGAGCUCCUGCUGCUGGCCGUGGCCCUCGGCAGCGGCUCCUGGAGGGGCCUCUUAGGAACCGGAGCGGCUCCUCUGUCCUUGUUCCUGUGCUACGGGAUCCCGGGAGUGUUCCCCGAGUCGCCGCGCUGGCUUCUGCUCUCCGAGAGAACGGGAGACAUGAGUUCCUUCAGUGACCGGAGCGAGCGGCAGAGAGAUGACGACAGCUUCUCGGAGCUGGACACGGAGUCGUCCUCGUCUCCUGGACGUCCUCAUCUGUCUUUCCCAGAGCUGCUGCACAGCAGAAACAUCUGGAAAAACCUGUGUGUGCUGGGAUUCACGUCGUUCAUCUCUCAUGGCAUCAGUCACUGCUAUAGCUCCUUCAGAGGUGACGUCAGAGGAUUCACGCCCAGCUUCUAUUGGACGUACCUGCUGUCUGUCUGUGCAGGGGGCGGGGCCUGGCUGUUGCUCUGGGCGACGGUGGACAGGUGUGGUCGUCGUGGAAUUCUUCUUCUAGCCAUGACCUUGACCGGACUGGCCUCCCUCAUCCUGCUGGGACUCAUGGACUAUCUGAGUGAGUCGGCCAUGACUGUGUUCUCUAUAAUGGGCCUGUUCUCGUCCCAAGCGGCUGCCUCCCUCUCCAUCCUGUUCACCGCUGAAGUCAUGCCCACCAUCAUCAGAGGAAGUGGCGUGGGAGCGGUCAUGGCUUUGGGUUGCGUGGGCCGUCUCAGUUCUCCUCUCAUGAAUCUGCGUAAUCACUACGGCUACUUUCUGCACCAUGUGGUCUACUCGUCUCUGGCCCUGCUGGCCGUCCUCUCCAUCCUGCUUCUCCCGGAGAGCAAACGCAAACCUCUUCCACAGACGCUGGCGGAUGGAGAACAGUACCGCCGGCCCCCUCUGGUCCGAAGACGUAGGGAUAACGUUCCUCUUCUGGCUACGCCCAACCCAGAGACCUAGCCGGCACUCUUCAAGCGCAAACACUGAGGGACUGACCUCAGAGUCCCUUUCUAAUAAUCCUGUAUUUGUAGUCAUUCCUAACACGUGUCGGUGGAGUACAUGGACUGAAGGGAACCGAAGCAUGUCCACUGAGUACACAAGUCAGUUCACAGUGGCAUAAACAAGGGCAUACAGUUUUAAUUAAACACUGUCUGAUCCAUGUAGCAUUCGGGGACUUAUUAGUAAUAUAUUCGACCGAUAUGAGAUAAGGGCUCAAAAUGACACGGUCAUUUUGAUAUAUAUGUAUCCCUUAAGAAAACAGGUUUAAGUUCUCACUCCACAUGGAAGAAGGAUGGAAUUGGUUCUCUUAGUACUUUAACCCAUUGCUGCUAAGAAUGGCGCGCCAAGAGGAUCGCUCCAGGACCGAUGGACAUUUUGGGGGCGAGAAGCGCUGAUGAUUAUUUAUGUGCACUCUGAUUGGACUGAGGCAUGAUACUAGAAACACUUAUUACUGUAUGUUACAUAUCAGUCUUUGUUAAAGGAAUAUUAGCGGGAUGCAGCUUGAGCUGUACAGGUUGACAGUUACUCCAGAUUUCCUGUUUUCUGUCUCGUGCACAAAUAGGUGCUAACUUUUGUUGCAAAUGGACUGGAGUCAAAAAAUUUACGAAACAUCAGUAUUUUUUCUGUAAAAAAAUUACAUCAUAUCAUUUAAUGCAUCAAAGAAAGUAAGUGCUUUACAGUGCACACUGAGGGGCAAUUUUUGUGGAGUAAUUUGACAGCUUAAGUUGCAAUAAACCUGUAAUAUUCCUUUAAUGAGGCCGAUUGAAAUCGCACUGCUCAUAGCGUCCCUUAUUUCUCUGUUACUUACCUUGAAGAUCGAGGCUGAGGAUUAUGAAAGCAGAGGGAAGGAACGGCACUUGAAUGUCGACACUGUCAGGAUUUAUUUUGUGUCUUAUGUCUUUCUCCCUUUUUUUGUCUUUGCCUAUUGCAUUUUCAGUCUGGUUGUUGAAAUAAGGAACACUGGAAACAAAUUAUGUAGCUUUCUCUUGUAAACGCCUCUUUGUGUUAGAUUCUUUAAAAUGCACUUAAAAGUUCUUAAUUGUUAGUAAUAAUUUUAAUUAUUAUUAUUAUUACUACUACUACUUGAAUAAUAAAGGAUAAUAGUAAUAAAUCUGAUGUUUGCGCAACACUUACUAAACAAUGCUGUAAUUAUUAAUAAAUCUUUAAUCAAGUCUAAUUACAAAUAAAAUCUGGUGAAAU